AGAAAAACAGAUAAUAGCAGUUUAUAUUUUCCAACUGAGGAAACAGGAAACUAUUUGCUUAAACUUUUUUAUCAAUUAUUUUUUUAUUUAACAUCAUUAGUUUUCAUCCCAAAUUUUUUUAAAUAGAUUUAACUCGUACUAAAAUAAUGAUGACAUGUGACAUCCGUUCAGUAUAGGUGUAGUAUUGGCAAUUAGGGCAUAUUUAUGCUUUUUGGCGGUCCCUUGGCAACAGAUAAUGCAAUUUAUGACUUAUUUUUACACCCGACCGAACCUACCUAACUCCCUGAUAAAUGUUCAGAAUGCCUAAUCGUUUUACUCAAUAUGACUCCUGCCAAAUACCUCGUGUGAUUCGCACAUUCACCAAGGAAGAAGUUUACUAUCUUGUCCUUCCAGCACGUAGAGCAGAUAGAUUUUUCCUACACUUUGAUGAGGAACAGAUCUUGAUUCAGUAUGCAAUUGUCGUAAACGGCCUAACAUGCUACAACUGCGACUCCAAAAACAACGCUCUGUGUUCCUACGGCUUCACAUCACUGACUUACGCCUCACAAGAGUGCUCUAGCGCAGGAUUCAUCGACAACAUCAUCAGCCCUAAAUGCUACAAAAUCACUGCUGAAGGUAAAGAUGGCUCCUCCUACAUCGCAAGAGGCUGCCUACCACCAGCGACUGUAGGCUGCAGUGCCAUGGCCAAAGCCAUUGGCUGGAUAUCGAACGCAGACAGCCAAGAUGGUCUAAGGAACUUGCAGUGUGACACUUGCGAAACCGACAAGUGUAAUUCGGCCACCAGGAUGACAGGAUUCACCAUUGUUGGACUUGUCAUCUCCUCUUUCUUAUUCAUGUUCUAAUUCGAACACCUAUAAACUUUCUGUAUGCAAAUACUCGAAUAGUGCUUAGAAAGUAAUUUUUAUACUAUUUUUAAGAAUAUUUUUACGUGAAAUGCUGGUCAGCGAACCCUUUUUAAUUAUUUUAUUACGAUCUGCUACCCUGAGCUCUUUUGGUAUGAGCUACAAGGUUCUUAUAAGAUCCAGAUUUUAGUGAUUUUAUACAUAUAUACAUGUGUAUGCAUACCUGGCCUCCUGAAAACAAUUUUGUCAUAACCUGAUACGCAAAAUAUAAUUGCAUUUAUUGGAUUAAUACAUCAGAUCAUGGAAGGGUUUCAUCUAAAUUAUACCACAUUUUUCAACAAUUUUUCUCUGGCAUUAACACGAUACUGAUUUGUUGACCAGUGUUAUUAGCAAUCGUUUACCUCGAAAACAGCUUGCGAUUCAUAUGCUAUAUCUUUUGUAAUGGAUGAUCACAUUCCAAAUCUAUAUUAAUACAUUGAAAAUACUUUUCUUGUGAUAUUUUGUGAAAUAUGGAAGUUUCAAUAGUUUACGCAGAUUGUUAUAAAUUCGUCAAAUCCUAUUAUUAUUUUUUUAAAUCCAGCUGUAGAAUUCCAACUUUAUAAUAAACAUAUUUUUGUACUCGGCUAUAUACUGAACACUGUAACAAUUUUGGAGAUGCAUUUCAAUAUAUAUUUAGAUGUUAACGUGGGGCCAAAGCUUUAAAAUAUUUCAGAGAUUAUAACGUGUCAUAAAUAGAUAUUAUCGAAUGACUUUGGCUCCUUUAUGUUUUGCCAAAAAUUAGAAGUGUAAGUGUGUACUUAAAAUCAAACAGGAGGAAGUGGAAAAAUGCAUUUUUGUUCGGAAUUGAUGUUGUAGUUACCAUGUUACAAAAAAUGUGGGUACUUGGAGUGAAUUAUGCCUAUAUUAGAUUUGUAUUAUAAAAAGGAAAUCAGUUUUUAGCUACGUUAAUAGCAUUGCUUAUGUGCCAUUUUUACUUGGCUCUCUUCAAGAAUAGUGAUGAAGUAAAAUAUUGCAAAGUAAGUUUCAUCUGUAUAAUUUAAAACCCCCUAUUGCAUACCUACUGAUAAUUAGGUCUGAAGCUUCACAUCAAGAAAUGUGUUCCUGUUUCCUUGUACAGAAAAAUGAAAGUCCAUUUCGUCCAUACGUUCGUAUCUAAAUAUAUUUGGGCUUCAUUCACUCCAAACUCAAUACUAUUGUAUUUAAGUGUUGUAAAGUGUACCAAUGAAGAUAUUCUGCGAAUAAACUGCUUUAAACGUA